CUGAGUGCACGAUUUUCAUCUUGCGCAGUGUUGGAGUGCUCUUGCCUUGGCGAUAGUCAAACAAAGAACGACACGUCUUCUGGUGAUUUCUGUCGUACGUGGCGAUAAUAUUAGCUGGAGAGGCGAUUUUCCUGGAGUUGAAAUUUGCGGGAAAUUAAGACUGAUGAAAAGCAAAUCACUUCAUUGACGAAGAAAUAGUCUUGUUGACAGGAACUUCGAGCUCAAGAUUGUUAAACACGUGCUGGACCUAGCGCGGUUCACACGCAGCAUUUACGUGUUCUCGUUUGGAAGGCACUCACCACGAGAAACAAUUUUCACUUCGAGCUUCGGUAGCCAUGAGGUGACACACGUCCACUGGCGUUUUCUUUCUUGGAAAUUCACCAUGAAAUUCACCUAGUAUUUAACUUUGCAGAUUGCUGAAUCACCAGAUACCUUUUGUAUUGUGAAUACUUUUCACUCCAUGACUGAUAAUUAUUGGAAACCAGUGCAGUAGAAACCUGUGCAGAGGCAAUUAUCAGAGAACCUUGGGAUUAAGAACAGAGAGACGCAGUUUGAGUUUAACUGGAUCAAUUCAAUUCUCAGUAUAUUAAACCAAGAGGUAGGAUUCAUCAUGGGAAACAACACGCCGAUAACAGAAGAGCAAUUCAAAAUGUUGGUCUCCUUAUACCCGGAGUCGUUCCUCGAGCCGCCUCUUGCGGACCAUGACCUACUUCGCUUCCGCAUUUUGUUCGGCAUCAUCAUGUUCUGUGCGGUCGUCUUCAACAUCCUGGUGAUAGCGGUGAUUCUCAGGAAUAAGUCCAUGCGGACAGUAACAAACACUUUCUUACUGUCACUGGCCGUCAGCGAUCUCCUGAUAGCCGCAGUCUGCAUGCCUUUUCAAUUGUACGAGUUAGCCUACCAGGAAUGGAGCCUCGGAGAAGGGCUGUGCAGAUUUUACGCUUAUUUCCAGGGUGUUCUCAUUGUUUCCAGUAUUUUGACUCUCUUGAUAGUCGCCGUUGACAGGUAUUACGCCAUCUGUCACCCGCUGAAGGCGCGUCACGUUCACACUGUCAACCGCGCGCUUAUCAUCACCGCUGUCAUCUGGGCACUGUCCUUCACUCUCAUGACACCGCAACUCAUUGUGCAAAAAAUCGAUUACAAAUUGGACAACAAGUUACCCAUCAGAGCAAACGUCCCCUACUGUAGGGAAUACUUCGAGCACCACUGGGAAAUCCUUCUCUACACUUCCUUCACCACUUUCGGUUUCUUUCUCAUCCCGCUGAUCGGGAUCUACGUCUCCUACGGCAGGGUGGCAUGGCGCCUGUGGAUAAGGAAGCCGGUGGGAGACAUGUCGACGAUGAGAGCGGAUGUUCACAUAAAGCAGAAAAAACGUGUGAUUAAAAUGUUAAUUCUUCUAGUGGCUUUCUUUACCGUGUGCUGGACACCUUUCUUCAUUAAUCACUGGAUACUUUCUUUUGUUACACCGGGUAGUCACAGUGAUGCCCGCGUAUUGGUCGCCUAUUUGUCUAUGAUGGGGUAUUUGAACUCGUGCGUAAACCCCAUUGUUUACGCUUUCAUGAAUGACAACUUUAAGGAAUAUUUCGUGAAGACCUUUUGCGUUUGCCUCCAAAAGAAGACUCACAAUCCCUGCACCCCAAAAGACGGAAAGAAACUUCAGGGCGUCACGGCAACGUCAAACAGUGCAGUUUAAGCAGAGGAAAGUGAGCGACCGAACCCCCACGAGUUGGUCUUGAAACGCAUGUGAACUUCACUGCUUUGCCAUAUUAUGAAAAGGGAUUUCUAUGUUUUAACUGGCAUUAUGAAAUUUUGAUGGAUAUGACACAAGCGAUAUUAGGAAAGAGAUUGAUCCGCCAGUGUUUUUAUCCUGUGACGGGUAACAUUUCAGAAUAAUGAUACCAGCCUUUUCUCCUUUUAUCAUCAAACAUUUUGCUGAGCCAUGCUGUCAAUUGUAAAUUUGUAUUUGAAUUGUAUAACACUGGUCAUUCAUUGGCCUUAAAUUAAGUGGGACCAGUGGCAUUAUUAACGUGUGAAGCCAUCAGACAAGUCAUUUUUGACAAAAUUGUUUAAACUUCUUUAACACAUUUAUGUUUAUUAUUCACUUGCUUAUAAGAUGACAUGGUAGGAAAAAUACCGUAACCUCUCCCCCUCUUUCAUCAAUUUCUUUCGCUCACGCGAGAUUUAUGAAUAUUUUAUUGAUUUCGUUUACAAUAACUACAUUUUUUUGUGAAAA